UUCAUAUUUACAGUUGGACACACUGACUGUGCAUCGAUUUUGAUAUUUACAAAAAUAUUUAUGUUGCGGCACUUUGAAACAAUAUACACAAGCAGUAUAUUUUAGUAUUUUUAAUCGCAAAUACAAAUCAAUCAAAAUGAAAAUCAGUAAAAAUUCGCGCGUUGAACAACUGCAAGACUAUUUCAAAGGUCAUAAUAAAUGCAAAGAGCAAAAAGCACACGCUUCAAAGGUUCAUUCGGUUGGAUGGAAUUGUGAUGGAAGACGCUUGGCUUCUGGCUCGUUUGACAAAUCGGUGGCAAUAUUCGCAUUGGAUCGUGAUCGUUUGGCCAAAGAUAAUACGUACAGAGGGCACACUGGUUCAGUAGAUCAGUUGUGUUGGCACGCAACACUGCCGGACCUCUUGAGUACGGCCAGUGGUGAUAAAACAGUACGCAUAUGGGAUGUUCGAGCCGGAAAAUGUUCCACAACAAUUAAUACAAAAGGUGAAAAUAUUAAUAUCACAUGGUCACCAGAUGGACACACAAUUGCUGUUGGCAAUAAAGAAGAUUUAGUUACAUUCAUCGAUACACGAACGCAUAAAAUCCGUGCCGAAGAACAAUUCAAUUUUGAGGUGAACGAAAUCGCAUGGAACAACACCAGCGAUUUAUUCUUUUUAACCAAUGGCCAAGGAUGCAUCCAUGUUCUCAGCUAUCCCGAUUUGGAAUUACAACACAUGCUGAAGGCACAUCCUGGUACAUGCAUUUGCAUCGAAUUUGAUCCAACUGGCAAAUACUUUGCAACCGGUUCGGCGGAUGCAUUGGUCUCGUUAUGGGAUGCAAAUGAACUGGCUUGCCUGCGCAUUUUCUCACGAUUGGAUUGGCCUGUGCGUACCAUUUCAUUCAGUCAUGAUGGCCGACUGUUGGCAUCGGCAAGUGAGGAUCUACUUAUUGACAUUGGCGACACCGAAACGGGUGAAAAAGUGGCCGACAUUUCAGUUGAUGCAGCCACAUUCACCGUUGCAUGGCAUCCAAAGCAAUAUCUAUUGGCCUAUGCAUGCGACGACAAAGACAACAACGAUCGCAGAAGAGACGCUGGCAAUUUACGUGUAUGGGGCUUUUCCGACUGAAUUUUCUUUUUUUUUAUGUUUAAGCGCAUAGUUAUUUAUAAAAUGAAACAGAAACAUAUUGAGAGAUAAAAAUCAAACCGAAGAAAAAAU